AUGGCGUUGGCAGGAUCUCCGAACACCUCAGAGCGCAUCUUCACGGUUAUCAGAGCCAGUAGAGUACCGGGAUGGUGCUUCGGGCCAAUACUCUACGGAAUCGGUGUCAUACACUCAAGACAGAUACCAAGAACCAUCCCCAGCCUUUCAAGCGCGGCAAUCCGCUUAUUGACAUUGUCUUUUCCGCUGUGCUCUAUAGUCUUUGGUGUCAACGAUGUCUAUGAUUAUGAGUCUGACCUCCGCAACCCACGCAAGAUUGCGUCGUCACUCGAAGGCGGCGUCCUUGCACCUGCCUUCCAUGCGGACAUCCUCCGCGCUGCCACCAUCUCUUCACUCCUCCUCCUUCUACCGUCUCUUUUUACGCGCAAUCUUCAAAAUGUCGCCGCCACCUCGCUCCUCGUCGUGUUCGGUUGGCAGUACUCCGCGCCCCCGCUCCGCCUGAAGGAGGUGCCUGCAGUAGACAGCAUCUCGAACGGCGUGAUGGUAUUCUUGUCAUGGUUCGUCGGGUUCAGCGCAGCAGGGAAAGGCAUCGCGGAGGCCCCGAGAAAGGGCUAUAUGAUGAGCCUAUGCACGGCAGGUGUCCAUGCGCUUGCCGCGGUUGCAGACGUUGAGGCUGACCGCGCGGCGAGGAUGCAAACGCUGGCAGUCGUUCUGGGUGCACGACUCGCAGCGGUAUUUGCCGCAUUGUGCUAG